AUGCGCAGACUUAAGGAGGGGUUUUAUGGCAUAAUGAAGCUCUCAAAUGCAGUUAAGGAAAAGCCAGAGGCCAAAACUCAGAUCAUAGAAUUCAGCUAAAAUAAUAAAAUAGAAAAGCCCUAGACUGAGGCAAUAAUUGUGCUCUAAACCUAGCUUGAAGACGAUGUAAGUCUCGCAACAUAAGAAGAAGUGAAAUCUAGUAACUAGAAUCUCUAAUAGCAAAAUCAAUAAGCAAUCCUCAAAUUAGAUGAAAUCAGCAUUUAGUUUGACAUGAAUGAUAAAAAUGAAGAGACAAAUUUAAACAAGCAGCCAGAGGAGGAGAAAAAGGCUCCAAGUUACUAACCCGGCAAAUAGAGAGCAAAGUAGAAAGGCAAAAAAGCUCCUGCACCUACUUUUAAGAAAAUGCUUCAGCUUAAAGUUACGAAUGAGAAGGGAGUGGAAGAGAAUGAUAUUGAAUUACCCCCAAGUUUGACAUAAAACUCUUUGUAGUCUAACUAAAUACCUCCAGAGGAUAAGAAAGAAUCAUAAUUGCAAUAAAAUAAACCAGACUUUAGCAAGGAAGAGUUAAAAAUAUCAUCUUAAUAGGAUUAAAAAAUAUAGGCACCAAUAUAAAUUAAAGAUUAAAUAGGGGAAACACAGAAAUAGGAAAUGAUUAUUAGUCAAAUAAGUAAUCCUGUUGUUAAGGAAAUUGAUACCUUCAUUUAUAAACCAUAACCCUAAAAGUAAUACACUGCUCUGGAGAUGCUAGCUAAUCUUGUAGAGUCAGACUACCCGAAAGAUCCCUAAUUUGCUCUGAAAUUUAAAAGACAAGAAAAGCUUACAAAUAUUUUCACAGCCUAUAAACAGAAAUGCACAGUCUUUAUUAGAUAUCACUUUAUGCUUUGGAAAUAUUUGACUAAUAUAAUCAAAAUUAAGAAUCAAUAGGAUUAAAAUGAAUUUGUAAAGAAUGAUAAACUGAGUUUAAAAAAGGAUUUUAUUUAGUAAUUGAAGCAGCUUAAAGACUUGAAAUACACAUUUCCAAAGUAGUAUACAGGCCUUAUGCAAAUGAUAAUAGUACUCUAAAAAGUGAUCAUCAAACAAUAGAGAAAGAGUUUUGCUAAGAUUUAAAUGAAUAAUAAUUUGGCUAUUGAUGAACAUUUUGAUCAAAUUCAAGGUAAUCUGUCUAAUCUUGAUGAAUAUAUCAAGGUUGUAAAGCAAAACAGAGUAGAGGUUGCAAAUAAUCCAUAGUAUCUAGACAACGAGGCUUAUAUUAAGCAUUUGAUAACAGUUUCAAAGGAGGCAAAGCUAAGAGAGUCAGAGAAGGUGAUUAAAAAGAUCAGCUACACAGAAGAAGAAAUGCCUAAGAAGUUAAAGGCAGUAGUAAAGCUGAUCUAGAUAAUUAAUAAGUUGUCUUAUGUGGAUAAAGGUGUGCUAAGAAGACUUAGGAUAUGGCACUCAAGGGGUUUAAGAGAGGAGAUGAAAAUUUUGUGUGCUAGUUUGUCAAAAUGCAAAAAGCAAGAGACAAGGAUUAAUCUUAUAAACUUGUAGCAGUUUUUGAGAGUUAAGAUUCAAUACUACUUCUAUCAAUGGAUAAAUAAAGUUGCAAGCUCUGCAUAGAAUAAUCAGAAUCAGCAGCAUUAUGAUGAGUUUAUUCAGAGAAGUGCGAGUUCUAACCAACUAAGAAUUAGAAGUGCCAAUAACAAAGACGUAGUGAGUGGCUCAUUAGGACCUAAUCUGAAAUCAGUCACUUCAAUGGGAAUGAACAGUAAUACUUUGAAUACUCAUGCUAGCAACAACAAAAGAGCGACUCCUUAGUCGUACUCCAUUGAUGAGACUGCAAACAAAGGCAAAAUAGCUCAGUCUUCCUAAAUGAACAAAAGGCAUCAACAAAAACUGAUAAUGGGCAGUUUUGACUUUGACAGCAAGUACAGUGUAAUCUAACCACCUGGAAACCAAAAGCCCAAGCCAAACUAAAUUAGAAUGACUAGCUAGGGCAGUAUGAACACAUCUAAUAUUAGUGCAAACAUAAGCAGCAAUCAUUCCUAGAACAGACAUAUUAACUUCACUCCGAUUGAUAUUGGGGAAGUCUUAAUUGCAAGAAGUGGGUAAACUAAACUCUCUAAUCAUAUAAAAACCAUUACAAACAUUAGCAACCAGCAAGCUAAAUAUAAAACUGUGUUGAAGCUUAGCCCUGAAGUCUAGAGUCUCUUUAACUGUCUCAAUAAUCAGCAAAGACUGAUUCAGUAUGACUCUGUAUUCAAGAUUUUUAAGUACAAGAACUACGUGCAAAAAAGAGCUAAUAAUCUGAACAAUCAGACUUAGUAUAUAUAACGACUGUCAAACAUCUAAGUUGGUCUAUUUAUUCUUAAAUUCUUCUAGCUUUGGAUUUCGGUGUUGCGUGUAGAUAAAAAUAUCAACAAAAAAUUUGAUCAGAAAAAAGAACUAAAGGUCAAAGUAUUAAGCAGAUUACAGAGACAGAUGUCCAAAGCAUACUUAGGAAAUAUUAACUAUAGCUUUUAGAAAUGGAGGAAUUUAGCAGCUAGUAAAAGCUAAGGGCAAGAUGUAAAGGUAGAAUCGAUUGACUAAGGGAUCAUACAAGUGCAAGCCUAAGUGGGCUAAGAACUUGAGAGAACUCUUUAAAAACAGUAAAAGCUAGCAAAGACUCUUAAGAGAGAAAAACUUCUGAUAAACUUAGUGUUAAAAUAUGAAAGCUCUUAUAAUCCCUAGCAUUAAAAGAAACAUGUGCUGGAUUUAUGGGCUAAAAAUGUUGGGAUAAUGAUGGAGUUCGGAAGAAUUACUAAGUAUCUCUAAGAAAUCGACAUAUCAACUAAUGAAAAAAGAGAUCUUGACAUGAGAAUAGCUCAGAUCAAUGAUGACAAUGAGUAGAUUUAACUGAAAAUGCGAAACUUUACUAUGACUAUUGACUGUGAGAUGUGCAAACAGCUUAUCAUCAACAAAGCUCAAAUGGUGGCACAACAGCAAAAUGAGAGAAGAUAAAAUGUAUGGGAUAUGUAUAGCUAGAAUGAAUCAGAAGUUAAAAGGAUUGAAGAUGACGAGGGUAGCUAGUGGAAUGAAUCCUCUUAUGAUCAUAUCAGAAGGAUAACUUCAAAUGGUGGGUCUUCUAGAAAUCUUACAGCUAGAUCUGGAAAACUUCAAUUUAGUAAUAGGAAUGCGGACUCGAAAACGAUCUAAGAGGAUAUUAUAAUCAGACAAAACGAGGAGUAUAAGGCUCAAGUUCAAAACAACAAUCAGGCAAAUCAGCUAAACUAUUAAUAGGAUGAUAAUGGCUCAGAGCAAUCUUCAGAGUUUAUCAGACUGCCUAGUGACAAUGGAGAAUCAGCACCAAAUACUGGAAAGUAAAACGCUUCCAUGAACUUCUUUGAAAAUCAGUAAAACUUAAAUCAGAGGAAAGGUACUUUUGGUAAAAUAAUGAUAGAUGCAAACUAGCCUCGUAGGUCUACUCAAGUUGUAAGAGUGUAAAAGUUUGGAGACAAAGAUUAUGUCUAGGGAGAUCAGGAGGAGUACCAAGAUAAGAGCAGUGAAGGAAGCAAUGAGACUAAAAUGAUGAAACUAGAUCAGUCUCAGUUUUCAUAGAUUACCUCACUCUAUUAGAAGCAAAACAGUACAAAGCUUAUUAUCAAAAGUGAUGACUCUAAGAGUCUCUUUUCAAGAUCAAGUCUCAAAUUAGUGAACAAUCCUCGAUCUUCCCAAUUUCUAAAGGACUCGGCUAUUAAUGAAGAGGGCUUAUCCAAUAAUAUAAGCUAGAAUCAACCAAAGUUAAAUGCUCAGUCAAGUUAAGUAACUAUAGGGGGCGUCUAGUCAAGCAAUCACAAUGACACUACGGAAAUGAGAAGACUAAGCAGCUUUAAUACAAUGAGUGAGGGUAAUAUGCUAUCAGGCAUGGGUUAAAGCAUGCUUUAAGACUAGAUGAGAUUUUACAAUAAGAGAAUAUCGAGAAUAUCAGAGGCUGGCACUAUAAUAGAAGAAGCUGAUCCUGAGUAGUUUGGCAAUGAUCUGAAUCAAGAACUUAGGGUCAAAGAGGAUAAUCUGAGAAUUCAUUACAACAUGUAGGUCUAAGAGCAUCAAAUGCAAAAAGAAAUGAUGAUGCGAAAGAUUAGAGAGCUUCAGAAGCACAGAGAUAUGUUGAAAGCCCAAACACUGGGGAGCUAGAUCAAUCACACUUAAAAAAUAUACUGA